AUGUCUAGCAGAGGAACAAAGAGGCGUCAAAAGAAGGACCCAAAUGCCCCCAAGAGACCUCUAUCUGGCUUUUUCUUCUUCUGUGCCGAAGAGCGCCCCAAGGUUCGCACAAAAAUGCCUGAUGCACCAGUGUCAGAAAUUGCCAAAGAGCUCGGUAAAAGAUGGGCUGUUUGCAAGGACAAACCAAAGUACGAAGCUAUGAAUGUGAAGGACAAGGAAAGAUACGAGAAGGAAUGUGCUGCAUACAAGAAGGGAGGCAAAGUGGCUAGCAAAGCUUCAUCACCAAAGAAAGCCAAAAAGCAAGUUCAAGAGGACGAUGACGAAGAUGAUGAUGACGACGAUGAUGAUGAUGAAUAG